AUGGCUACAUCCAGAAUCUCCAAGGAGUCCUCGAUCUGGGACUUCAAAGAUACUCUCUUCCGGGCACUGGGAGCAGCCUAUGCUGCACUGGGCGAGGCAUCUUUCAGAAGACAUUUGACAAGGAUCGCGGAUUAUUACGGGGACGGGGCAACGAUCCAUGAGAUUGAAACCCUCUUCACAAAAGACAUUCCUGCAAAAGCAGAGCAACUCAGACGCGAGCUGGCGAAUCGCCAUGUUCGUGGCAAUAACAGACCUUUGAGAGGUUCUGCGCCAUCUCGCCGGCUACCUUUACUCGACUUCGACGACGAGGAGAUUUGCGUCCUGAAUCCGAGAGAGGUCGAAGUCUUGGAAGUUCGAUCUACCAACUCGCUCCAGGCUCCUGCAAAACGUCCCAGAGAUGUUCGCGUCCUGAGUUCGGGAGAGAUCGAAGUCCUGAAAGCUCGAUCUACCAACUCGCGCCGAGCUCCUCGAAAACGUCCUAGAGUUCUUCCAAGAUUAUCUACAACACCACCGCCUUCCGGGGACGGACCAGCGAGUGGCUCCGUAACUCCUCUUCAGGCAGAGCCCAACAUUCCGAAAGUAACGGCCUCUGGGGCUGCAACGAUCGAGUUCGACAUGGGCCUUGCAAUUCCCGAUGCUUCCACUUCAGGGCAAAAUUUGCCGGAAAGCUCCACGCGAGAGGGCGUCCUUCAAACCCGAAAACGUCGGUUCUCAGAGGUACAAGAUCCAGCGGAGCUCCAGACUGUAGGCAGCCCUCGGUCAAGUCCACCACCGAGAUGGGAAUCCUUCGGCUAUGUGACGAAGAAGGGUGAAUAUCGGUGUGCCCUUUGUCGGACUCAGCUGCCCAAUGCAAAUGACCUUUUGUUACACGAGAAGAUCAGCAAGGAGCACAUUCGCAGCCUAAAAGAUAAGAAGAAGGUCACCAUCGGUCGUGAGAGACUAGCCCAUUUGACUGCGAUACCAGCCGAAGGCCACAAUGCGAGCUCCUCUGCGUUCGACCAGCGACUGAAACCCCAUGACCCACCCGAAGUCAGUUCGCAGCCUGCGGCUGGCGAGCCGGUAGGAGCGAAAGAAAAUAUUAACAACGUAGCCCCAGCGUCCUUGACGCAGGACCGUCAGGCUCCCUCUAUAUAUAUCAACGAGGGACGGCGACUGCAUCUCAAUGCCGCGCCAAUCCAGCAAAGCAUUGAAAACGCUGAGCCAGCAUCACCUCUGGAGUGUCGGCAAACUUUCGAUAAAGGCAAGUGCCGCGCUACUUCAGUGGUAUCUUUGUCAGAUGAGGCCUCAUCUGAAAGAGCAACAGCUGGACCGACAGCAGAAAUACAUACGCGGCCCACAACUGCCCGGACUGAAAUUGGAACUCUCAACACCCCCCGCGUCUCCCAGUACGUUGACUCUGCUGCUGCACAGCAGCCUCAUGAUAUCGAGACACAGGCGGCUGUUGAGGUAACUGAUAUAUCCUCCGAUAAUGUCCAGGACGUCGUGCGCUCGACCCAGCUGGCUAUCAAAGUGCUAGAGACCUUCCAAAAGCGUGCGUCCGCUUUCAUCAACCCAAGCACCAUUGCCGCUGAACCUGGACUUACAACCAACCCCGACUCGAGAUCAGACACUCUCUAUACAGGACCUAGGGCCAGUUCGGGUGAAAAUUCUGCUGUUCCUACGACUGUGGUCUUGGAAACGCUGGAUAACGCACCGUCGUCUAGCGGUCUGACUCCCGGCAAUAGAAAUUGGACCCAGCGUACGAUAUCGGCACCAGGAAUCGGAGUACGCGUCGGUGUCAAACGCGGUGAUGUGAAAGAAAAUGGAAAGAAAAAGGAUGUUGGUGAGCCAAUUUCUGUCAUAAUACUCGACUAG